AUGGAGGCUUCCAUGGUGACUAAAGCAGACUUGCAGACCCUAACAGCCCCCAUUCAAGAUACCUUGAGGGCAGAAUUGGCAAGCAUCCGAACAGAGGUUGCUACCCAGACACUGGAGCGCUCUGCUGAGGCCCAAUCCACUAGAGUAGUGGCGACGAACACGGCCGUGUCCAGACAGGGAGAGAAACUUUUGGCCAUGAGGAGACACCUGGAAGACAUCGCUAACAGGUGCCGUAGGUGUAAUAUCCAGAUCUGUGGACUCCCGGAGGCAGAAGAGGAAGCAAACGUGGAGGACACGAUGUCGGGCCUAUUCCGCUCAAUCUUGCAAGACGAGGCUCCGCAGCGCUUUGAGUUUGAGAGAGCGCACCGAGCACUGAGGCCACGUACCACGGAAGAUAGUCCGAGGCCAUGUUACAGGAAACGCAAUUCAUGGAAGGCACGGCCCCAAAACUUAAGAACAGAGACUAUCUAA